AUGAGGUUAGGCUUGUUAUCCACACUUAGACAGGUCGUGAAGACGUUGGUUUUGUUGGACUUGCUGUUAUUAUCCCAUCCAACGUCUAGCGCCCGCCUGGAAUCAUCGAAUGCUCCCAAGCUGGUAUUCGCUCAUUUUAUUACCGGUUUGACAGUAAAUUAUACACGAUCGGAUUGGAGCUCGCAAUGCAAUCUCGCUGCUUCGCAUGGCAUCGACGCGUUUGCGUUGAACGUGGGCUUGCCGGAUGGGUGGCAAUUGCAACAGGUAAAAGACGCGUAUGAGGUGGCCGACGCAAUUAAGACAACAACGGGAAAGGCAUUUAAGCUUUUCUUAUCCCUAGAUAUGUCAGUUAUUCAAAGCGCGGAAGAUGUCACCACCUGGGUCACAAGCUUUGUUCCACUACCUGCUCAAUUGCUUAUCAACGGGCGACCCUUGGUUUCGACCUUUUCUGGAGAGGCAAAUAAACUCGGGGGAGAGGAUUUAUCAUCUGGAUGGCAAGCAGCUUUGAAAGCGCCGUUGGCUCGAGGAAACCCCUCGCUCGAUGCGCUUUUCAUCCCGGCUUGGUCCAGUCUAGAUCCCAGUACCGCCGUCUCGGACCAUCCGGUGGUUGAUGGAAUCAUGACAUGGAACUCUUGGCCCACUGGUUCUGAGAAUACCAAUACACUGGAUGACUAUCAGUUUCAGACAAAUGCUAAGGCUUCGCAAAAACUUUACAUGGCGGGAGUCAGUCCGUGUUUUUUCACCCAUUAUAAAGACAAAAACUGGAUUUAUCGAUCGGAUGAUAAUUUAUACAUCAGUCGGUGGAUGAAAUUAAUGUCGAUGCCCACUCCACCCGAUUUCAUUCAAAUCAUUUCGUGGAAUGACUAUGGGGAGUCACACUACAUUGGGCCUAGGCUAGGAACCCCGCCGGCUGAUACGACUUGGUUGGACGGUUUUGAUCAUCAAGCGUGGCUCAAGAUGUCAGAUUACUUCAUAAAAUGGUACAAGACUGGAGUCCGACCAACAAUUGAAGAGGAUACUGUUCACUUCAACUACCGACCUCAUUCAGUCAACGCCAUAGCUACCUCCGACACCCUCCCACCGCCCACCAAUUCGUCAGUUUCAGUGGAUGCAAUCUACGUCUCUACUUAUCUGAGCGCUUCAUCACCCGCUACGCAAUUGCGCAUCAGAGUAGGAGACAUGCAGCAGUCCUUCAGCAACAUUACUAGGUCAGAAGUCAAUACUUUUACUGCCCCAUGGAAUGGACACACCGGGCGAGUAGAAGUAGCACUACUCGACAAUACUGGGAAAGAACUGAUGAAGAAACAAGGAGAUGUACCGAUUAGUAAUGAUAUCAAAACAUAUAACUUUAAUUACGCCGCAGCCAUCUUGAGUAAAGAUACAUCCGGUACAGGCCCUGCCAGGUUACUAAGAGCUCCUAUCAUCAUAUCUUUCUUCAUCUUUCACCUUGCCUCAUGGCAGAUGUGGUAA